UGCAUGUAAGUUGACGGAAAUUUCCGAAGUGUGUCCCCGCUCUCCACUUUCUUCCCGUGACGUUCGCUCUUACGCCUGACUGUCGCGCAUAUACAACUAAACCGUUGAGAUAUAGAGGUUUUUGUAUUGGCGCGUAAAGUGCACGCAGCUCUUCGGCAUACACUUCCAAAUUUCCCCCCCACGGAAUUGGACUACAGAAAAUUGGACAUUCAUACCCGCUGAAAAUAAGUUUCUCCCCCCACUGCACUGUCUCAUCCCCCUGCCAUCAAAGUCAUGUGGGUAUUUAUCGCUAACCGAUGUUAUUGUUGCUCAUUCUAUUCGUGCCACUCCCGCAGGGGGUCGUCGAGGAAAGAUUCUAGUCUAAAAGGCAUCCAUGACGGAGAUGCGCCUCGCCGAACUGUAGGCGAAAUUGCGAGAGAGAAAAGGCUACGUGACGACCCGAUGGCAGAGGUUCUUGGCCCACUCUUUGUCACCUGCAAACGCUGCGGAAAUCGUAUAAAACUAUCCCCGAAGAGUCUGUAUGAUCCCUUCCAUUGGCUGAAACACCGCGAACGUUGUUUAAAGAAGCCAGUCGGGGGUACCCGUGCCACCAGUCGUCCAUUGAGGGAAACAAUCAUGGUCGAAAAAGCCUCCCCUGCUUCAUCGUCUAACACAGACGCCGACAAUCUCACACCACCACCUCCUUUGACUCCCAAUGACGAUCAACGGGGAACUCCUGCCGUUUUCAAAGAAAGCUCGUCUUCGCCUGAUCCGGAGGAGGUGGUCGUCGAUACCUCAACUAAAGUUGUUGACUUGCCUCUGGUAGAUCAUGGACCCUGGCAAUCUUGGUCGUGGUCUGAUUUGAGACUUCCAACCUGGUUGGUAAAUACCAAUCCUAUGCAUGAAGAUGAUGGCGACGACGACGAGCCUCCUCGAGUGACCAUAAUAGAGCGCGGCUCAACUCCAACUCUCUCCCUCCAGCCAAGCACGCAUCCUCAAGACCACUCCUAAAAUCAUUUACGUUUUUGUAUUGCAUCUAUUUGGUAUAGGUGUUCUCAUUUUUGCUUUGUUGUCUCCAUUUGCAUCGCUAGUACUUUACCACAUGCAUAUAACUAGCUACCACAUUUGCCCAUACCAGCAUACCACAGUAGCCAGCAUUAAUCUACGCAUUCUAUGAUCUUCACUACUAUUAUUAUGGAUACCAUCUCUUAUCCACGUCUAAGUAUUUCUUGAUACGAUUUCGUGGUCUGGUGCGGGUGGCUGGUGAAUGCCGCUCUGGAGAAGAUGAACUA